AUGAAUUUCAGCUUACCUGAUGCACUUAUUUUAAUUAAAGAAGGGCGAGCAAAUGAAGCAGUUGAUUAGUUGAAUAAAUUUAUAGAAUUACUAUAACCUUUGAGUCCUUAAACGUAAAUAUUGGGAUAACAACUUGGAAUUGAUUGUGAAUUUUUCAGGAUUGUUAAAUUUUAGGAUUUUUAUGAUGCCGAUCCUUAAGUGUAGACAUUAAGAUUUAAAUAUUAUGCAUAUAAAGUAGCAAGUAAUUAAUAUAAAUUUAAUAUUAGAGUGGGGUUAUUAGAUAAUUUAAUAAAAAAGAAAAGUGAAAAGAAGACAUGAUUUAAUAGAGAAAUCAGAAUAAUUUGGAAUUUAAAAUGAAAUAGGUAGAACAUUUGGAGUUGAUAUGGAAUCAAAAUAAUUGAUUGAGUCACGUUUACAAUAAAUCUCAGAUAAAUUGCAAAAGAAGAAAUAAAUAUUUUAAAAGCAAUUACUAUGUCAAUUGGAUAUUGAAAAGAAAAGAACUGAUUAUAAGAUUUAAUAAGAGGAUAAGAUAGAAAAAGUAAGAAAAGCAUUAAAAACAGAUUAUGAUAAUAAAAUUGUAGCUGUGAAGGAUCAUUUAGAAAGAGUUAAUGAGAAAAUAAAGAACAAUAAUAGAAUGAAAAAAAAGAUGGAGGAUGAGUUAAUAAAUAAAAGAAGUGAAUUAUUGAAAAAUUCUUCUUUGAUGUAAUAUUUUCAAUUCAAUGCAUUAGUGAUGCAAAAAUCAAUAAAUUAGAAGAAAUGAGAAAGGAAUAGAUUGAACAUAUGAAAUAAGCAAGAUCAAUUAAAAAAUAAAGGUAACAUUCUUUCCAAGAGAAAUAAAAUUAAAAAUAUGAAGAAUAUUUAGAGAGAAUGAAAUAAAAAUUAGAUUAAAAAAGUAAGUGAUAAUAUCAAUUUAUAAAAGGAGUUAUUGAAUUUCAUUCUGAAAGUCACAAAGAUUUUGGGAAGAGACAAGUUUAUGAUAAUUUUGAAAAAAAUCUUGAAAACAUAAUCUAAAAAUAUUAAAAAUAAUAGCCAAUAAUAAAUAAUUUACUUGCUAAAUCAAUAGAUUAAGUUUAAUAAAAAAAGUAAAUAGAAAUUGAGAAAUUUUAAAAAGUGAAAUCUAAUUUGAAAUUACAUAUGAGUACUCCUAGAAUAGAACCUAGAAAAGUAGAAGAUGUUCUUGAUAGAAAAGAAAAAAGAAUAUAGGAAGAAACAAUAUUGAGAAAAGAGACUUAUUAAUAAAGAGUAUUAAAUUUUCUAUAAAAUCGUUAAUAAUUAUAGAGAUUAUAAUCUCAAUAGAUUGAAAGAUACAAUGAAUUUUAUACUAGAUAAAGUGCCAGAUUGAAAAAUAUGAGAGUUUCUCAUGAGUAAAUGAAAUCAUCUGUAAAGUAAGUAAUUUUAAAUAAUUAUUUAAAGUUUUGCUUUAAUGUAAGCUAAUAGGAUUGAAGAAUAAACAGCUUAGAAGAUAUCAAGGGCAAUAUAGUUAAUUAAUGAUCCUGAUUUAUAAAUGUAAUUUAAGCCAAAUGAAAAAUUGAGUACUCAAUAGAAAGUAGCAAAGAAAAAGUAAGAAGAAAUGCAAUAAUUAUUAAAAUCUUUUGUUACAAGUGAAGUUGAUUUAUUGAGGUUUUCUAAAUCUGUAACUGAAGUAAAAAAUGAAGAAAAUUAAUAAUAAAAAUGA